CCAUGUUACAUAUAUCAGCAGUGGUGAAUAUUCAUAUCAUAUAAAUAACUUCCUAUCGUCUGUUUACUAAUGUUUUGUGUUGACCUGUGACGUCAGCAGUCAAUAAAACUGUGCGCAUUGAUCCGUAUUUACACCUGAGGCAAUAGAUCGUUUUGCGUUGUUGUUGUAAACAUUCACUACGCAAUGGAGAAGCAGACGGCAGCAUGUGAGCUCAUUUACCGCGCUGAUUUUAUCAGAAAGCGAAGAGUAAGAAAGGGUCGAGUUGAGUACUUGGUAAAAUGGAAAGGCUAUCCAAACAGGGACAGCACGUGGGAACCGGAGAAAAAUAUCCUUGACCGGACGCUGAUUCUUGAUUAUAAUCAACGGCAGAACAGAAGAAAGAUUGGAAAACGCAGAAAGAGUGAGGUAGAAAAUUUCAAGCCAUCUGGAUCACCUAUCUACCCAGCAUUUACAGAUGACAAAAAUAACAAUCGUACCACAAAAGGUUCACACCAAAAACGACAUUUCUUAUUUGAUAAAAGCAAUGAAAACGAAGAGAACGAUGAAAACAUCAAAAAUGAACUUCAAGAAGAUAUUUCUCCGGAGGAAAGCGAUGCAGAAAAAAUGGAUAAUGAUCCGGAAUAUAAAUUCUUUAAUCAUUUAAAUCUGAGAAAGAACAAAGACUGUGAUAGCGUACUGUACAAUUCCGACGAUUGUUUUGAUGAAAAGUCUAAGCGUGAUCAAAUGUGUUUUGAUUGGCUAUCAAAUCCGAUUCGACCGCACGAGGAUCAGAAAUUAGACGCACGUGAGACUGACAUUGCAACGGAAUUGAGUCAGAAAGUUUCGUCUGAUGCUGAUCCUAAUGAAAGUGAUCAGGAAACGGUUGAGUGGGUUGAAAGUGAUUUAGAAAUGGACAUUGACAAUGAAGAUCAAAAUAAAAAAGAAGAUGAUUUGAAAGGAUUCCCAGACGUUGUUGCUACAGAUGUUACAUGUAACAGUGUCACUGUAACGUUCUUUGAAAGUCCGUCAAAAAUGGGAUUUUUCGAAUCUGACGAGUGAUGAAAAUGUGAUGAAAAUAGUCUUUGGGGAGGAAAACGUGUGAAUGUGAUAAAUAUGUCAUUUCAUAAAAUUUAUUUUACAUUAUCAGACCUUAUCGACAAUCUCUGUAUAAAUAAUGGCGGAUUGCCGUCCAUUGAACGAACUUUACAACACAUUAAAGUGCGUUGAAUAGUGCUUACUUGUCUAACUGUUGUUUUAACAGGAAAUUCUAAAUAGUAUGUCAAUCCUUCCAAACAGGAUUUGAAUAAAGAUUAAAUAUUUUA